UUGUUGGUGUAUGUUUCUCAAACCGCAACAUGGCGGCUACCAUCGAUUUCAACGAUGUUAGUCUAGGCUACCAAGCCUAUUACACAGGGCUUAAAUGAAGAAGGUCUCUAGGCCUUUAGCCUACUACUACCACCUAGGCCUUCCUACCUACUGUUGGGGCCGGGGGUCCAGUAGUCUAUGUCUAGACAGUUUACCUACUUCACUUGCUUGUUUACGAUUUGAUUCAUUGCUUUUCAAAAUGGCAGAAGAGACUACAGAUAGCAUUGAUGGAGAUAUUGAUAUGGAAAUGGAAGAACCAGCUGACAGUGACCUCAUAUUCAAAGAUGUAAUAGAAUUGACAAGUGAAGCUGGCGACCCAGUCCCUGAUGACCCUCCAGAAAAUUGUGGCUCUGUAUUGCAUCAAGACCAAAAUGAAGUUACAGAUUCAUCCACAGUUACAAAACAGAAUGACUUACCACCAGGCAUUUACGUAAUUGGACCUAACUCGAAGGAUCCAAUUCCCAUAACAACGCAAGGGUCAGCCCUGCCAACUCAGAAGGAACUUGUCAGUGCUGUUUCCAUGGCAAUAUCAUUAUCCGUUAAGCCGCAACAGAGAAAGUUCAACCCUAACCCUGAACCAAUCAAUGUUUAUGCAAAUACCUUUAUUUGUCAUGCUUGUGUGCAUGUUGCAAAGAAUGCCGAAGAACUGAAGGAACACAUAGCUAGUGUUCAUCCAAAAGAGCAGAAAUUUAAGUGUUCGGUGUGUAAUUUUGUCACCUCUCACAGGCACAAAUACAAUAUACACAUGAAACAACACGGGCGUAUGGAUGAGAUUGAUGAGGGUGACAUUUUUUCCUGUGACAAAUGUGACUAUCAGACAAUCUAUCGCAAUGACCUUGGUACCCACAAAAUGAAGCACCAGGGAGAAAAACCGUACAAAUGCCAACACUGUGAUUUUCAAAGUAUAUAUCGACAUAGCUUAAUACACCAUGUGUCAUCAAAACACGACAAAAUUCGGCCAUUUAAAUGCAAGUAUUGUGAUCAUUCAACUGCAAGACGUCAAGAUCUUCUUACGCAUCUCGGAAAACAUGAAGAGGAACGGAGGUUUAAGUGCGACUUAUGUGAUUAUACCACUCCUUAUCGUCCAUGCUUUAGAGCGCAUAUGGAUAGGCAUCUUGGGAACCGACCGUUCAAGUGUGAAUUUGAGUAUUGUGACUUUGCUACAACCACAAAGCAAAAUUUGAAGUCUCAUAUGUUGAAACAUGCAGAAGAUAAGCCAUUUAAAUGUGGGUUUUGCUCUUACGCUGGUACGCAUAAACAACAGCUUCUCAACCACAUGGAACGACAUGAUGCAGCUCCACCAAACCCUGUGAAAAAAGUGUUCAAGUGUUUAUCAUGUGACUAUACAACAUCGCAUAAAUUUUCCUUUAAACGCCAUAGUGAACGGCAUAAUGAAAACAGAACAAAACCAGAAAAAACAUAUGCAUGUCCACAAUGCGACUAUGCAACUGGGUACAAGAGCAGCCUGAAACGGCAUAUGGCAAAGCAUAGCGAUAUUAAGCCGUUCAAAUGUGGCCAUUGUGAAUAUUCGGCAAUCAACAUGACACAGAUGCAUGUGCAUAUUGCUAAACAUACUGGACUGAAACCAUUCAAGUGUGACCAAUGUGAGUACGCCACUGCCAACAAACAACACCUAAGAGCGCACAUGGCCAAGCAUUCGGAUUUGAAGCUUGUUUGUGAUAAAUGUGGUUUCAUGACAGCGUGGAAGCAACGGAUGAGAUUACAUAUGAAGGCGCAUGCAUCUGGUAAAGUUUUUACAUCCAGAGUAAUAAAGAAGGGAUUCCCAAAGGACCUAUCGGUUUCGGAAAUGGAGGUUGACAACCCAAAUAAUGAGGCACUUUCACAGAUUUCAGACGCUAUUGCUGCUUUCCAGUCGGGAAAACAAACUUUUGAAAUACAAAGUCAAGAUGGAGAAACGCAGCAAGUUUAUGUUAUCAAUCAGGGUGAGGCAGAUGUAGAUAAUGAGGGCGCUGUUGUCAUUGUUGGUAACGAUUUCCAUGAAGGAACGGACCAAGUACAUUUGGUAGUUGGAGCUGAGAAUGAGAUGGGAACUACUGUGCAAUAUGUCAUUGAAGAUGGCCUGCAGAUGAUACAGGCCUCCUCCGAGGCAGUAUCCAUUAGCAACCAGGAUGGCACACCUACUACUUUGGAUACUAACGGUGUACCAAUGCAUCCAAGUUUGGUAACAACAGUAAAUGAAGUUGCAGCUGAGGAAACACUGACAGCAGACACCUGAGUUAUAACAUGCCCUCAAUUGGUAGAUUUUGUGGUAACAAAAAUAUUGACCAAUCAGCUUAUAGAGAUCUUAGACCAAGUAUCUGAUUCAUUAAUCUUAACCCCACUUCACAAAUUCAACUUAGUUACCAGCCUUUGCAAGGAAAGCACUUAACAAAAUUCACCCGUUUGCUAAUUUUUUUUAGUGUGAUUAUUGGUUAUAUUUGUUUGAUAAUCUUUGGCCCUCACAACAGAUGAAGAAACGGUUUAGCUGAAAAUUUGAGGAAAUUGAAAUUCACAUGCUUAUCUAAAGCUGCUGGUGAAUGCAUGCCUGUUUUCAUGGGUGUAACUAGUGGUUUUUUGACCCUCGUCAAAAAUGGAAAUAGCGCCGCUUUCCAGCUCGGAAGUUCUUUUUUCUGAAACUUAUAUUAUCUUUGGAAUUUGGAGACUAGUAGUUUUUGUUCAGUUUUAUUUUGGUGCCCCCACUCUUUUUCAGUUCUGAGCUUUGGGCCUUUCCUGCAACCUUGAAGUUGCACCUGCAUGUUUUUAUCGUGAUUCAAGACACACUUUGAUGUUGAAAGAUUAGCCAAUCAGAGCUUGCAUACUAUAUAUGUAAAGUAAUUAUUACCAAGAAAAAAUACUUUUUUUGUCACUGUGAAAAAGCUGAGCUUGGUACUGUGCUAAAGAAUUGAAGUGUGUCCGGCUUUUGAGGUUUAAAUAAAACUUGCAUACCUAUUUAA